GUCUUCAUCCAACCAUCUCAUAACAGUCAUAAAUACCUAUAAAGCAAAAACCAGAGGGACUGUGAGAUUAGAGUUCAUGAGACCAGAUAAAAUGUAUCCUAGUCUCCCUUUGCAACAUUAUAUCUCUAAAUUAAACUUACUUUUGUCUAAUUCCCAUAACAAGUAAACUUUCUCAAACAAUGUAUGGAACUAUGGAUAGGAGCUAUAUAUGCAUAUAUACAUACUAAUAACUAAUUAACUCGUUAAUAAUGUAGACCACAAUUUCGUGUAAAGGCCUGUAUAGAUGGGGUCAAUGUGGCCAGGAAGUCAAACAAAAGAUACUCUUCACCUAAAAUUCCAUUUCAUUUGCGUCUUAACAAACAUGACAAGUAAAUAAUGGAGCUAAGAAACAAACAGAGCAUGCGCACGGGCGGAAUGGCGUGUUAUUGGGCCCACCGUCAAAGCGAAAAGUCCCCAUCCGAUGUACUCAUCUAUGGGCCUGGACCCGAUGGCCCAGCACCUUAGUCUUGUAUGACUCUUUUUUCAAGAAUGGGUCACUUUCUAAUACAUGUCAUUAAAGCCCUGUUUCGAAAUGAAUGGGCCCAUCCGAUCCUCCAACCGCCCAAAAAGUUGAGGGUAAAACAGAAGAAGGCCCCCUCCAAAAUGACCCUGACCAGAGACAGCUCUGUUACAAAUGCUCCCAAACAAAAAGAAAAAUUCAGAGUGAUUGAUUGAUUGAUUUGAUUGUGCCUCUGAUUAGACCUUUCUUUCUUCCCCUUUCAAAGAAGCCCACUGGGCUGUACCCCCCUAUGGCCCAUGAACAGAUUAGAGCUCCAGCAAGAGUUAACCUGUCCUGGUAAAUGGUAAUUAUCUAAUCUAAUCUCAAACGCCCAUUCCCCUUGGAUGGUGACUGAAGAAUCCAAGUCCCGAAGCCCAGUUAUGCACAGAUCUAAUGAAUGGGCCCAUUGUUUGUUCACCGCUUACUGGGCCUGCUCACCUUAUCUCCUUCGGCCCAUGAAGGUCUCUGUAGCUUUGUCCAGUUCGUGAGAGAGAGAAAUCAGCGGAGUAUGUCAAUGCUCAUAUCCGUUCCAGAGUGUAAAAACGGGUUAAGUGAACAGACGUCUACACAGAACACGGAUUAAUGGAUCCCGUUUUAGUAUUCGAUUUAUGGAGCAAACCCUAGUUGGAGCUGUGACAUGCCACAGUGAAGCUUUUGGUGACCUCUAUUGGACUGAUUUGUACAGCCUUUGUACUUGGGUGUGUUGUUUGGUUAUUUUCCUUUUUCACCUAGUUAAUUGUCGAAGGUAUAUUUAGAGGCACUUGGCCUCACUCUGUAAUUAUCUCGGCUAAACCUAAUCAGCCGCAUAUAGUGAAACCUAACUGAGAGCUCCAAGCUCUCCGUGGACUAGUCCCGAUCUUCGGGGAAACCACGUAAAUCAUCUUCUUCUCUACUUUCCGCAUUCUUUACAUGGUAUCAGAGCUAUAGAUUCAUAUCAAUACGUUUUCGCAUCAUGAGCAAGGAAGACGAGGCAAAGGACGUCAAGAACGUGACCUCUGGCACGGAUACGAUCCCCAUUAGCUCGCCCUUGUAUCUGCAUCCGUCGGAGAAUCCUGCACAGCUAUUCGGUAGUGAUCUCUUGAAUGAUUCCAACUAUGGAGAAUGAGUCAGUGACAUGACUGAAACCCUAAUCGCCAAAAACAAAAUGGCGUUUGUUGAUGGUUCUCUUCCGCGGAAUCAAGCGGGGUCAGGAGAGCGCCAAUCCUCUUGGGACCGUUGUGACGCCAACGUCAAAGGUUGGCUGAAGACUGCGAUGACCAAGGAGGUCCGCAACAGUGUGCGAACUGCUACUACAGCUCGUGCCAUAUGGAUCGACCUUCAGCGCCGCUUCAGCAAAGGAUCCGCACAACGUGCCUACGAGUUACGUCGGACCAUCAGCUCGACGAGACAAGAAAAGCAAACUGUCUCGUCAUUUUAUACCCAUCUGCGUUCAUUGUGGGAUGAGAUGCAAGCUGUAGAAGGAGUCGCACACUGCAGCUGUGGUGGUUGCACUUGUGGCGGGUGCAGCUGCGAUUUGGUUCAAAAGCAACGUGAGAAACAGGACAUCGCACGACUGUUCGAGUUCCUGAUGGGGUUAGAUGAUGCAUAUUCUGUCAUACAGUCCCAAAUAUUAGGCACCAAGCCCACACCAACUCUCGCCGAUGCUUAUCAAAUGGUGGCAGCAGAGGAACAACACCGCCAUAUCACUAAUGCAAGGCGCCCUCCUAUUGAAACGAGUGCUUUCCAUACACAAAUUGCUAGGGACUCAAAUGAGGAACAAGACUCUCCUCGUUGCUCCCAUUGCAACCGAAAGGGACACUUGAAAGAGACAUGCUACAAAUUGAUUGGGUUCCCACCUGGCCAUCCCAAACACAAGCCGACUGAAGAUCGAUCCGGCAAUUCUGGUCGGCGUUCCAAGGUAGCACACGUAGAGAGAGAGACGAUCCCGGUUCCUGGGUUAACUGCGGCGCAGUUUGCGCAACUUCAACAGCUGCUUUCUUCUGCAUCGGACGCUCGUUCCGAACCCACAGCACACAUGGCGGGUAAUUAUCCUGAUCUUUACGAAUGGUUGAUAGAUUCAGGUUGUAAUGAACAUAUAGUGCGAGAUUCCAGAUGGUUAACUUCAGUUGAUGACAACAUUGUUCAUUCACAAGUUCGUAUUCCGGAUGGGACGGGUAUUCCAGUUAAGAACAUGGGCACAGUCAAACUCUCUGAUUCUCUUACUUUGCAGCGAGUUUUGCAUGUCCCAGAGUUCAAAUGCAAUCUCUUGUCUGUUAGUCGUUUGACUCAGGAGCACAACGUGGAAGUAAUUUUCUUGAAUGAUGUGUGUAUGAUUCAGGACUCACAUUCCAAGACUCUGAUUGGCGUGGGUAAACUGCGAGACGGCUUAUAUUAUUUGCAGCGUUUUGGUGAGGAGUUGGGUACAACUCGUGAUCCCCUGCCACAGGCUUGCAGAGUUGAUCGUCAAGCAGCUUCUAGAGAACUGUGGCAUGUUCGGCUUGGCCACCCAUCUUUGGACAAGUUAUUUUUAUUAAAGGACCUUGUUGGUUGUAGCUUUGAUUCCCGCAGCUCCUUUCAUUGUGAUCCUUGUGUCCGUGCUAAGCAAGCACGAAACUCGUUUCUUUUAAGCUCAAUCAAGACUAGUACUUGCUUUGAUCUUAUACACCUUGAUAUAUGGGGGCCUUAUAAAACACCAGCCACGGAUGGGUCACACUAUUUCUUGACCAUGGUCGAUGACUACAGUCGGGGGACUUGGGUUUACUUAAUGAAAUUCAAAUCCGACACUGAGCGCUAUUUGCGGUCGUUCUUUGCAUUGGUGCGUACUCAGUAUGGAAAGAAGGUUCGACGUCUCAAGGCGGACAAUGGUCCGGAAUUUCAGACUGCAUCUCUCCGUAAUUACUAUGAAGAGCAGGGAAUUGUUCUUCAAACGACUUGUACGGAUACGCCGCAGCAAAAUGGCGUGGUGGAACGAAAGCAUCGGCAUUUACUAGACACAGCUAGGUCGCUCAUGUUCCAUGCUAAUCUUUCGGUGCGUUUUUGGGGCGAGUGUGUUCUUACGGCGGCCUAUCUCAUCAAUCGCCUUCCUUUGGUGCCUUUGUCUCAAAAGACACCGUUCGAAAUCUUGUUGGGACGGGUUCCUGCCUAUACACACAUACGGAGUUUUGGUUGUCUCGUGUAUGCUAAAGACACACAUUAUACCUUGGACAAAUUUGCUGAACGAGGGCGAGCGGGGGUUUUCAUUGGUUAUCCAGGCACCCAGAAGGGUUAUCGUGUUUACGAUUUGCACACACGGAAGAUUUAUACAUCCCGUGAUGUACAUUUUGUGGAGAAUACGUUCCCUUUCCGGUCGUCCACUAGUGGCUCACAAAAAGACCCUACUCACGUGCAUGGUCCUUCUCCCAUGCAAGCUUUGUUUGACUUGCCUCCUGCAGGUCACGUUGAGGCACUUAAUGAUGUGCCAAAUUCUGAUAAUGAUCCCAUGGAUGAAGUGGGGUGGAAAGAACUCCCCAUCACAUCCCCUUUGCCAUCUACCUCGAGCACUUCUAUGCAACAGGGGGAGCUCCUUGACGAUGUAGACGUGUCCACCUCUCCUUCCCCUCCGCAUGUCUCUACCCAGCAAGAAGGUCUUGAUCAAGUCAAUGUUCUUCCCGACUCACAUACUGGCGGUGACUCGCCCUCACACCAAGCCGAUCCUCCCGAUGCUCUUCGUCGCAGCCAUCGAGACAAACGGCCUCCUUCCAAGCUCGAUGUGUACGAGGUAACUUAUCCUAAGUCCUCCCAUCAUGUUCAGUUUCCUAUAUCCAAUCAUGUUAGUUACCACCGCUUCUCUUCUGACCACUGUGCUUUUUUGGCUUCCAUCACCAAAUUGGACGAGCCCCGACAUUUCUCCGAGGCUGUUCAGUAUGAGUAUUGGCGGGUCGCUAUGCAGAAGGAGAUUGAUGCUCUUGUAGCUAACGGAACAUGGACUCUGGAGCCAUUGCCUCCCGGGAAACGGCUCAUAGAUUCCAAAUGGGUCUAUAAGAUCAAAUAUCAGCCAGACGGUUCCAUCGAGCGCUUCAAAGCUCGAUUGGUUGCCAAGGGGUUUACACAGCUAGAGGGGAUCGACUUCCACGACACUUUUGCUCCUGUUGCCAAGCUUGUCACAGUUCGUGUUCUCCUCGCCGUGGCGGCUCAGCGCAACUGGUCCCUCCACCAACUAGAUGUGAAUAACGCCUUUCUCCAUGGCGAUCUUGAUGAGGAGGUGUAUAUGCGAGUUCCUCAAGGGUUCGCUCGGGAUGGCGACACCAGGGUGUGUCGGCUUCGGAAGUCCUUGUACGGUCUCCGGCAGGCUUCGCGGAACUGGUAUGCUAAAUUUGCUUCCGCUCUUGUGGACUUUGGGUUUACUAUGUCCCGGGCUGAUAACUCUCUCUUCAUAUAUCACACCCCGGAAGCAUUUGUUGCCGUCCUUAUCUAUGUUGAUGAUGUGGUCUUGACUGGAGAUGCUCCGGAGGUCAUUCAGAGUGUUAAGACCUUCCUCCAUCAGCGAUUCAGCAUCAAAGACUUGGGCGUGCUGAAAUAUUUUUUGGGUAUCGAAGUUGCUCGCUCCCCUGAUGGCAUUGUUCUUAGUCAGCGAAAGUACACUCUGGACAUUCUGAAGGACUCCGGUUUAGGCGCAGCUCGGCCCAGCAGUUUCCCUAUGGAGCAGAACCACACUCUCACACGCCCCACCGAUGAUCGUGCCGACGAUGUUAGCUCCUAUCGGCGCCUCGUGGGUCGUCUCCUGUACCUUACCAUUACACGUCCGGACAUUGCUUACUCUGUCAACGUGUUGAGCCAGUUUGUUCAUUCUCCUAGUCCUGAUCACAUUGCAGCCGCUCAUCGUGUCUUGCGUUACCUUAAGACUGCACCGGGGCAAGGUUUGUUCUUGCCUUCCGCAGGGUCUUUGGAGCUUAUCGCGUACUGCGACUCUGAUUGGGCUGGUUGCCAGUCGACCCGUCGAUCUACUACCGGCUACUUUGUUCAGUUGGGAGGUGCGCCAAUUUCCUGGCGGGCCAAGAAGCAGAGAGUCGUGUCCCGUUCCUCUGCGGAGGCUGAGUAUCGAGCCAUGGCCAGUGCUACUAGUGAGGUUCUAUGGCUACGCUUCUUGCUUCGUGAGUUGCAGGUUGUGCAGCGAGCUCCCACUCCUCUCUAUUGUGAUAAUCAAGCAGCGCUUCACAUCUCGGCUAAUCCGGUUUUCCAUGAGCGCACUAAGCACGUUGAAAUGGAUUGCUACUUCGUCCGGGAGCGCGUUAGUUCUGGUGAGAUACUUCCUCAGAAGGUUAAAACCACUCAACAGCUUGCUGACAUUUUCACCAAGGCUCUCGGUACAGAUCAAUUCCACCAUCUCUUAUCCAAGCUUGGCAUUCGGGAUCUUCAUGCUCCAGCUUGAGGGGGAGUAUUGGACUGAUUUGUACAGCCUUUGUACUUGGGUGUGUUGUUUGGUUAUUUUCCUUUUUCACCUAGUUAAUUGUCGAAGGUAUAUUUAGAGGCACUUGGCCUCACUCUGUAAUUAUCUCGGCUAAACCUAAUCAGCCGCAUAUAGUGAAACCUAACUGAGAGCUCCAAGCUCUCCGUGGACUAGUCCCGAUCUUCGGGGAAACCACGUAAAUCAUCGUCUUCUCUACUUUCCGCAUUCUUUACAACCUCCUCUUUGAGGAGCAAAAUUUAUCUCUAGCUUAUGUUCUGCUAUUGUUGCAACAUCUAUUUCCAUCUUUAGCAUCAAGUUCAGAAAAUCCCCUACAGAACCAAACCAGUGUGCUAAGUGUACACCAGAGCAAGAAAACGAAGGCCUUGUU